AUGUCGAACGACACGCGCACAAGGUUGAGUAUCCUCAUCUUCACAGUUGUUCUUCCUUCUAUGCCGAACUCCAGGUGCAUAGGGUCGCGUACCCUCCCCCCAUCCACUACUUCCACAUUAAGCCAAUUGUUCGAUAGACACGGUCCAAGUACCCUUCUUCCAAGCACCCCCUGGGUUAGAGACUUGGGAAACUAUGGGACUAUCAUCAACAAACAUGAAGAAUUGGCUAAAAUCUCUAUGACAAGUUCCACGUCAGAAUGCCGAAGAUACGCGCAAGUCCCCAACCAAGAAGUCCCUUCUUAA